AUGGAAACCGUCUCCUCGCCGCGGUCACAUCACUCACGUGCCGCCCUCCACUCGCCCACCCAAACCCUCCCUUCCCGCCGUGUCACCACGCCACAUACCGCCAUCUCUGCCACCGUCAAAACGCCGAGUCCCAACUACUUUGCCUUCCACGCCAGCGAAGACAGCUCCUUCCCCACCGACCCAUCACACCACUCGAAGCAGCAAUGGAGCCCUCCUUCCUCCGCCGUCCGAUCCACGGCCGCCGCCUCUCCCACCCUCCUCCCUCUCGACCAGCAUCCGGACUUUGAUGCGUUCAAGCGACAGUCAGAAGGCAAGGCCUUCAAUCUCGGUGGCCUGGGCUCAAACUUCAACAUGCCGAGCCAGUCCACCUCCAGACCCAAGCUCAACAAAUCCUCCAGUCGCUCGGGCUCGUCGAGAGAAAUAUUACACUCGCAUGCCCACGACCUGGCUGGCAUGGGCAGAAGAUCCCCCAAACGAGUACUCUCGCCCGGUUCCCAGUUCCUACCGGAAGAAUCCCUGCGCGCUUCCCCUGCUGUAUUCUCCCGGAGCGAUUUGGAACUGAGAAACAAAGACAAUACCUUGCAAGCCCAGCCGCGAUUUGCGCUUCCCUUGGAUGACUCGUGCGGUCCCGCGAGCUUUAACAAACCCCGCGCCCAGACUGCUCCGCAGCACGAGCCGGACUCCGCUCUACUCCUCACUCCUCAACAACUAGUCAACCUUCUCGACACCAGCGACGACGCCGUCUUGUUACUGGAUCUGAGAGUCUCCACCCACUAUGCUAAAACUCACAUCGCCGGCGCGCUGAAUCUAUGCAUACCCACCACAUUGCUGAAACGACCGUCCUUCAAUGUCCACAAGCUUGCCGAGACUUUCAAAGAUAACGGGCAGAGGCGGAAGUUUGAGCGGUGGCGGGAAAGUGCGUACAUCAUCGUGUACGACGCAUCCUCCUCCACCAUCAAAGACGCGCACACCUGCGUGAACACCAUCAAAAAGUUUCAGAGUGAGGGAUACACGGGUACUCCAUAUAUCGUCAAAGGCGGCCUGGACGACUUUGCCCGACGCUUUCCGAACCAUCUCGAGGACGGGGCCGAUGCGGAUUCGAACAGAAACGUAUGCCUUUCAAUCGAGACUGACGGUCCCGAGGUCGCCCCAGUCGUUGGCGGGUGUCCCAUGCCGUCAACGGAGAACCCGGCCAACCCCUUCUUCGGCAACAUCCGCCAAAAUAUGGAUCUCAUCGGGGGCGUUGGGCAAAUCGCCAUCAAGCACCCCUCCGGCGCCGCUCCCACGGACGAGAAAGACUUUCCCGAAUGGCUGCGCGAGGUGUCGGACGACCGAGACCAGGGCAAGGCGGCGUCAAGAAAAUUUGAACAAAUCGAACGACGGGAGAAGAAGCGGAUGGAAGAUGCCCUGUCCGGACACGUGUCGUACGGUACGCCUCAGGGUAUGCCCACGAAGACACAAUCUCCCAGCGGCAAAUUGACCCAGAUAUCGGGUAUCGAGAAGGGCAACAAGAAUCGCUACAACAACAUCUGGCCGUUCGAGCAUUCGCGCGUGAAGCUGCAGGGGCUCCCAAAGCAUGGCGAUGACUAUUUCAACGGAAGCUACAUCAAGGCCGCAUGGAGCAACAAACGAUAUAUCUCCACGCAGGCCCCUAUCCCUGCGACGUUCAACGAUUUUUGGAACAUUGUGUGGCAGCAGGAUGUGCGCGUGAUUGUCAUGCUUACGGCGGAGAAGGAAGGGCCCCAAGUGAAAGCCCACAACUACUGGGAUGAUGGACAGUACGGACCAUUCCAACUCGAUUUCUUAUCUGAGAAGCGCGCAUCCAUCGAUCCUGCUCGCAUCCAUCGCAGGAAUCGCCCUUCGGCCCCCAAGCGCACCUCGACUGGGCCACAGCUCCUGCCCAUGACCUCGCUAGACAAGGAUGAGAAAGGCUCCGACCACCCCUACGUGACCGUGCGCCGUUUCACCCUCGCCCACGAAAAGCAGCCCUUCGAAGCGCUCCGGGAGAUUACGCAACUGCAGUAUUCCAACUGGCCGGAUUUCGGCGCUCCAGCGCAUCCCGCGCACCUGCUGGGGUUGGUAGAGCAGUGCGACGCUGUUGUGCGGAGCACGAAUAAGAGCCACUCUGCCGAACCCGAGCAAGCCAACAAGCGGCCGAUUCUGGUCCACUGCAGCGCCGGAUGUGGCCGGACCGGCACGUUCUGCACCGUCGACUCCGUCAUCGACAUGCUGAAACGACAACGCCUUUCACAAAAAGAGCGCGAAUACACGCCCAUGGACCUCGAUCCACCCACGAAUCAAGCGGCGGGUGGUGACAGUGACAGCGGCGAUGCAACAACUCCGACGCGCAGCCCGGAAGGCGUGGAGGGGAGUUGGGUGGAGCGCGAAGACCAGGACUUGGUGGAGAAGACGGUCGAGGAGUUCCGGCGGCAACGCUUGAGCAUGGUGCAGAGUCUGAGGCAGUAUGUCCUUUGUUACGAAAGUGUGAUGGAGUGGCUCGUGGAGCAGGCGCAUUAA